AUGAGCGGCGCGGGGUCGACACGUGACCAUGCACGUGACGAGCCCUCCCUGGAGGCGCGGCCACGUGUGUCGGACGACGAUGAGCUAGUGAUCAAUUCAGAGGAGGGAGAGCUGGAAGAGGAGGUGGGAGAGGAGGAAGAGGAGGAAGAGACCGAGAUGGAGGUGCCACACGACUCCAAACCGCCACCAACUCGGCAACAGCGGACUACAAACGGCACAGGACCCAAAAUGCAAGGGUAUGCGGAAUCAUAUCCACAGAGAAUGCAUUUCGAAUUCGAACAACCCUACAGCGACAGUGCCGACGAAGAUGAGGUAUGGCAAAAGAUGGACAGCUCUUUGCCUUCACAGCUCGCCAAGUACCGGGGCAUUGUUGCGGCGUACCUGGAAAACAGUCGUGUUUAUGACGUGUCUGUCCAUGGAGCGUUACAACGGAUUAUGGACAUUACAGGGUACAAUUUCGACGAGGAGGAAAAAGAGGACUUGAUUCUGUUGAUCAGAGGCAUGUUUGUGGUGCAUUUCAGCAAGAUUGACAAGGCCGGAAUGGACCCCGAUAAACACGUGGGCGAUCCCCAAGUCUUGUGGUACUCCUCUGGGUUGAAGGAGAGAGACAAAAUGAGGGUCAGGUUGAAGGAACUGAGACGGCUGCGACUGGAAAACGAAGACAAGAAGAGGGCGAAGAAAGACAAGAAGAACAAGAAAAGAGGGAGGGAGGACAAGAAUAUGAAGCCGACCAGGACCAUCAGAGACGAGACUGCCGACAGUCAAAGACCUCUUAAGUACGCCGAUAAUCUUAUCAACGGUUAUACAGACUCGUUUGAGGGCGUGGAAUUCUAUUAUCCCGCUGCGGAUGAUCUGAGCGACUCGGAAAUACUCGAAACCUCUCCCGUUCCGGACCCAGGCGCCAUGUUGACCGAAGAAAUGAACAUUGUCGAAAUGAUCAGAGACACGUACAAGGUGUCUGUGGCGGAGUUGCGGCAUGUUAUGGGCUCUGAAGGCGAUCUCAAGCACGUUUUCCAGGGGUGGAUCGCAGCUGCACGCGCCAAAUGGGCUUCUCUUGACCUCACCGUCGAUCUAGUCAAAGAUCAGGAUGCAAACUUGCGUUUAGACCCUGAGCGAAUCAACAACGACGAGACGCUAGGUCAAUUGAAAUCAAAACACAAGAGCAUCACCAACGAAAGGCAGUACAUUCUAGACCGCGUGCUGUUUUCGAUUCCUACGCCUGACCGCACCGCAUCGCUCCUACGGUUUGAGAGAGACUGGGGCAUCGCAAAGGCAUCCACGCACAACUACAUGCUUUCCAGCAGAACGUGGUGGGGCCGGCCGCGUGAUAUCAAGCCUAUCCCUGUCUAUCUAGUGGACGAAUAUCUGGAUGAUGCGCCAGAUGUAGAUCCUUACUUAGACGAAAUGUUUGAUGCGGAUGGAGACCAGGAUUUUGAUGUGGAUCCCAAGGACUCCGAUCCGUUUGAGACCCGGCUUUACGGGCUUAGUAAGCCAUUGCAGGAGCUCCUGGGCCACAGUCUUCUGCGGCACAGAGACGUGAUUUUCGACAUUUUCAGGCACGUGCGCCGUAUGACGAAGCCAAGCAACCAAGUCAAAUAUUUUAUGGGCGAUUCAUUUCAAAUCUUCAGCGAUCGAUUGCAGAGGGUCUUUUUCCGCAAGAAGCGGUUUGAAUACAUCACGUGGAAGAAGGCGUCAGCCUUUCUGUUUAAGCAUCAUUACACCAUCCCUUCGGGUCUUCCUAUUCGACCUGUGGAUCCAUUGUUUUAUGCGGAGAACGCCCAUCGCAAUUACGCUGAGCUCACUCCGUACAACGAGCUGCACAAGGUGAUGACGUUCAAUGCUGUGGCUUCUACUGGUGAGGUGUGGAGACGGCACGCCCACCCGUUGUAUGGAUUCAGAGACUCUAGAGAGUGGGAGCACGGGUUCAGAAAGUGGGCUGGAGCUGAACUGCAAGCUGAACAUGGAAGCAAUAAAAGUGUUGACGACCAGCGGAGGGCGAUUUUCAAGCAGCACUUCGACACCUUGAUGCAUCUGGAACGACAAGGACAGGUUCCCGAGUGGUGGUGUGAGGAUGAGUCCGAGAUGAGGGAUCUUCCUGUGCUAAGGAAUAGGCCGUUGGUUCAGCUGCGAGCGGACAAGGAGUCCGAAUAUGGCACGAGAGUAGACCGUAUGAGGAGUAUCUACCAGCCUACUUGGUAUGGAGAAUGGAGACGCCCCUGGCAGAGAAACCUCGGAUACACUCCUCCCGAGAUGAGGGCUGAAUUGGCAGUUUUGCAGGACAUUGCAGAAGAGCAGCAGGAGGAGCCUGUAGAUACACAGGACGGAUGGCUUCGGCUGAGAGAGUCAUAUUGGCUGGAGUCCGAUUUCUUGCCUCCUAUGUUCAACAAGCCGUUCAAGGCCAAUCGUUCCUGGCAUUGUCUGGCCCCUGGUCCCUACAAUCUGGACCCUCCUGCCCGAAAACGCCCCAGUGAUAUCAACGGUCUGCAUCCAUGGGACCAGACUCUUUUUGGAACGACUAUUGCCAAUGAGUUUGAUGGAGGUAUGGAGCAGCCUCGGAAACGGCGCCGAUACAGAAGAGCUCUGUGGUGGCAUCCGGACCGCCGCCGGGAGUUGGAUAACUACCAUUUCGAGAAUCUGUACGGCUCCGAAAAGUGGGCCAGUGACACUCUCAAGGUGCAAGACCAUAAGCAGGUGUACCUCUGUGAUUCUGAAGACGAGGAGGACUGGCUCGAAGAGACGUACGCCCCUUUGAUUGAGGAGCUCAAUGGUAGAUCGAGAAAUAAGACUACGUUUGACGAGAGGCCGGCCCAGGAGACCCCCGAGCCGGUCGUUGAGGAGGUUGAGUCUGACGACGGGCCAAAGAAGGAAGGACAGGACCAGGAUGGAGAUAUUGAGAUGGGAUAUGAUUUUGGACCAACCAUAGAGGAGGUGGAGUAG